AUGGUCUGCGGCCGAGGCUUCGCCACAGCCUCCAGCCUGCAUCGGCACCAGCGGGUGCACACGGGCGAGCGGCCCUUCUCCUGCCCUGACUGCGGCCGGGGCUUCGCGCAGUCCUCCACCCUGCAGAGGCACCAGCGGGUCCACUCCGACGAGCGGCCCUUCCCCUGCCCCGACUGCUCCAAGCGCUUCAAGGGCCCCCAGAACCUGCGCGUCCACCGGCGGACCCACUCCGGCCAGCGCCCCUUCCUCUGCUCCGUCUGCGGCAAGGGCUUCGUCCAGUCCUACAACCUGCUGGCCCACCAGCGGCUCCACACCGCCCGCAACCUCUGCACCUGCCCUGUCUGCGGACAAUCCUUCUCCCGGCCCGCCGAGCUGCUCGACCACCACAGGCUUCACCCUGCAAUCUAG